GCUAGAUGCUUCAAAGUUUAUUUCUAUCCAUCAUCUCAAAAGCUGCGCUUCAAUAUUCCCUUACCUAAAUUCUUACUUAAAACAAGAUAAUCAAGAUGGCCGAAUCGAAGGUACCUGCUACUACGAGAGAGAAGCGAUCUAGCACCUCAACAUCAACUCUGUUGAGUCUCCAAUCAAACUCGGAGAUCUGGUACAAGAUUCACAUCCUACUCUAUGAUCUCUGUAACAUCGCCAGUGACCGAGCCGCUGAAGCACGUACCUUAGCCACAACUGAUGAGCUAUACAUUAGCGGCCCUUACUUCUCACCAGAGGAAGCCAUGAUUAUUAAAGCUACACUGGUUUCGCCCCCAUCGCUGAACGAGAUCCCAGAAUUUGAGUCUCUCUGUAUGGAUAAUCCCAACGAAGUCGAUGGAAGCAGCAAAGAAGUACCAACACCGGAGACAAUGUCCAUCGAAGCCGCCAUCAAAUUUUGUCUCCAAAAUUUCUUUGAAAAGCGCAGAGCAAGUGGUGAUGCUCGACCAUGUGGACCCCAUGACAUGGGCCCAAUUUAUCAAGCAGUCUUUGGCAUUACGAAAGAAGAUUUGAAGAAUGAGAAGUUCUUGAGCAGGUUGAGGAGAACCGGUCUUGGCCAGUCAAAAGAGAAAGAGAAGAAUGCGAGUGAGAGUGUCUCUGGCAAGCAGAAGAAGAAGAAAGGACAGAAGGGCUAGGCUUGGAGAGUUUGGGGUAAUAGAGUUUUAUCUAAAGCUUCCUUAAAAAAAAAAUGCUGGAGGAAAGAGAAUUUAAUCAUUAGAUGUGGGUGUUCUUAUUCUGGAGUGCAAAGUCGGGAGUCUCCGAAGUUCAUAGAUUAAAAUUCCACUGGAAAAAUAUUCAACCUUCACGAGCCAAGAAAGACAAUUGUCGAG